AUGGUCGUAAAGAAUAAAAUUACUCCUAAGGCAAUGUUACCAGGAUGCCCUGUAAAACCUUUAGAUGGAGGGGAAUUCUCACCUUUUAAUAUAUUUUCAAAAGAGAAAAUAAGAGAGCUAUUAUUGAGCCAUGAUACUGAUAUUUCAAGUAAGAUUAGAUGUUUGUUUUUUGGGAGGUUUUAUGGAGACGAAGAAUCAGCGAAGAUGUUAUCAAAAUCAUUAGAUUAUUCAGAAAGCGUGUUAUUUCGUCAUGAAGUUCUUUAUGUACUAGGACAGAUGGGUCUAAAAAGUCCGUUACCCCGUCUUUAUGAAAUUUUAGCUGAUGAAAAUGAGCAUCCCAUGGUUAGACAUGAAGCUGGAGAGGCUAUUGCAGCUAUAGGAGAAGAUGAAAGUUUAGAGAUUGUGGAAAAGUAUAUAAACGAUAAAUCUUCAGCAGUUAGUGAGACGUGCUAUUUAGCAGCUCAUUCUUUGAGGUUAAAAAGAGAGAAGAGAUUUCAAGAAAGUAAUCAAAAAAAUUCUGACUUUAAUUCAGAUAUUGUUUCAAAUACAUCAAGCAUUAAUGCUUUUAAUACGACGGAUCCAACUCCACCAGAAUCAUCAUGCGAAGUUAAUCAAAUAGAAGUAUUGGUUUCUGAUCUUCUGAAUGAGAAUACUAAGCUAGAGAGGAGAUAUGCUGUUUUAUUUGCUUUAAGAAACAUUUUAACAGGUAUAAUUGAUUCAAAUCAAAAAAGAAGUCUAAAUGAUGAGUCUGUUCAACAAUUUGAUAAUGAUAAGGUCCACUUUAUUGCUGGAGGAAUAGCCAAAGCUAUGGAAACUGACCAAACCUCCGCAGUAUUUAGACAUGAAUGUGCGUUUGUUUUGGGUCAAAUCCAAGUUAUUUCUACUGCUGAUGCACUUUCUAGAGUUAUAUCAAAUCAAUCAGAGGAAUCAAUGGUUAGACACGAGGCUGCUUUUGCACUUGGAUCUGUUGGUUCUAACGAUCCUAGACAAAGUGAGAGCUUACAGAAAAUGGAUAAAUUAUAUACAAAAGAUGAAUUAAAUAGAAUAAGGAAAUUAUCUAUUGAAACACUUUUAAAAUAUUCAAAAGAUCAGGACAUAAUUGUAGCAGAAUCCUGUAUUGUUGGAUUACAAACUAUUAUGGAUGAAACCGGAUCUUUGGAUAUAUUGGUAUGA